AGGCUGCGCGGGGUGGGGGGAAGCGGCGAGUGGGUGGAGCCGGCGCGGGUCUGAGCCGGUCGGAGUCAGGGUCUGAGGCCGAAGCAGGGGGACCGGCGGAGGAGGAAGGUAGCGCCGGAAGGCCGCUCGUCUCCGCCGGGUGCUCCCAGCCGCCGCCAUGGGCAUUAAAUUUUUAGAAGUUAUAAAACCCUUCUGUGCAGUUUUACCAGAAAUUCAGAAACCUGAAAGGAAGAUUCAAUUUAGAGAGAAAGUAUUAUGGACUGCUAUAACCUUGUUCCUUUUCUUAGUAUGUUGUCAGAUACCAUUAUUUGGAAUCAUGUCAUCAGAUUCUGCAGAUCCUUUCUACUGGAUGAGAGUUAUUCUUGCUUCUAACAGAGGAACAUUAAUGGAAUUGGGUAUCUCUCCAAUUGUAACAUCUGGUUUGAUCAUGCAGUUGUUAGCUGGAGCUAAAAUCAUUGAAGUAGGAGAUACUCCAAAAGACCGAGCUCUGUUCAAUGGAGCCCAGAAAUUAUUUGGUAUGAUUAUUACUAUUGGGCAAGCCAUUGUGUAUGUCAUGACUGGAAUGUAUGGAGAUCCUGCUGAAAUGGGUGCUGGAAUCUGUCUGCUUAUAAUCAUUCAGUUGUUUGUUGCUGGUUUGAUUGUGCUGCUGUUAGAUGAGCUGCUACAGAAGGGUUACGGCUUGGGGUCUGGUAUUUCCCUCUUUAUUGCCACCAACAUCUGUGAAACCAUUGUCUGGAAGGCCUUUAGCCCCACUACCAUUAACACUGGCAGAGGUACUGAGUUUGAGGGUGCUGUCAUUGCUCUGUUUCACUUAUUGGCUACCAGAACAGACAAAGUCCGUGCUUUAAGGGAGGCUUUCUAUCGUCAAAAUUUGCCCAAUCUUAUGAACCUCAUCGCUACAGUUUUUGUGUUUGCUGUUGUUAUAUAUUUUCAGGGAUUUCGUGUUGACUUGCCCAUCAAGUCUGCUCGAUAUCGUGGACAAUACAGUAGCUAUCCCAUCAAGCUCUUCUAUACCUCCAACAUUCCCAUCAUUCUUCAGUCUGCCUUGGUUUCUAACUUAUAUGUUAUAUCCCAGAUGUUGUCUGUUCGGUUUAGUGGCAACUUUUUAGUUAAUUUAUUAGGACAGUGGGCUGAUGUCAGCGGAGGAGGUCCUGCACGUUCCUACCCAGUUGGAGGCCUUUGUUAUUAUCUUUCUCCUCCAGAGUCUAUGGGUGCCAUAUUUGAAGACCCUGUCCAUGUGGUUGUUUACAUCAUCUUUAUGCUGGGAUCUUGUGCAUUUUUCUCUAAGACGUGGAUAGAGGUGUCUGGCUCUUCAGCCAAAGAUGUAGCUAAGCAGCUUAAAGAACAGCAAAUGGUGAUGAGAGGUCACAGAGACACAUCUAUGGUUCAUGAACUUAAUAGGUAUAUCCCCACAGCAGCUGCCUUCGGUGGUUUGUGCAUUGGUGCCCUCUCAGUAUUAGCCGACUUCCUGGGGGCAAUUGGUUCAGGCACUGGAAUUCUACUCGCAGUCACAAUUAUUUAUCAGUAUUUUGAAAUAUUUGUUAAGGAGCAGGCUGAAGUUGGAGGAGUUGGUGCUUUGUUUUUCUAAAUGUUCAAAUAUUUCAUUAUUCAUGUGAAAGGGAAAAUAUUUUGACACAUCAUUUUGGUCAGAUAAUGCUGUGGUUUCCUCCUCCCCCCUCUUGUUUUAAAGUGCUACAUGCCCCAUUUCUUUAAUGGGUGAUGAGCUAUGCCUGUGAGCAGCAUUAGUACCAGCUGCCUUAAAACUAAAGUUUACAUUAUUUGUUCAAAAUAUAGCUAUCUUAUCUAGUGUUCCCUAUAAUGCUGGAAACCAGUGUAUCUACCUUGCUGUUUUGAACCUCUGUGGUGAAAUGUAUCAGUUUGAUAUUGGUAGACACUUUUGCAUACAACACUCAAGAACAGUAAAUAUUUCCCCAACUUGUGUUUUCAAAUAAAUGCAGUUCAAAUUGCCACUUUCCAGUACUUUUGAGCUUAUUUAAUGAGUUCCUGAAUACAUUUAUAUCUAAUCUAUAUAUUUAGAUGAAUUACUUUUUAUACUUUUUUAACUCACAGUAUCCACCUCACUUCCCUUCUUCUCUUCAUCUUCUUUCCUGUCCACAUAUACCCCCUUUUAAUUGGCAUGGUUUAUUUUAUUUUGUGUUUUGGUUCCUCUCAAGACAGCCAUUUCUCAGCUCUGAAAGUGGAAAAAAUAUAAACCACAAACAUAUUCCUGUCAUUUUAAGCAACUGAGCCAAGUGUUUCCUCUUAGCGUAGCCCUCCUCAGUUUUUGAUUCUUCCUCUUUUCAGUGACAGCCUGUCCUGUCUUACUGUGUUGGCCAUGCCUUAUUUCAUUAAGUCACUUGAGAAAACUCUCAAGAUGCUGUGCCCUAAUUUUUCUUGUUUGUUUUAAGCUCCCAAAGGAAAGAUAACAGUGUUUGAAGUUCAGGGGGUGGAGGGAGGAGAGAGGUGAAAAAUGAGUAAUUCAUGCUAAGAAUUUAUGUAUGUUGUUGCACUUUAUAGCAGCAACAUAAAUGUAAACAUUAGACAAUAAACUUUUAUUUAAUAAA